ACCGAAGUAUCUAUAAAUUUAAUUUCUUUAAUUCAACAAGACAAUUUGCUAUACAAUUCAUUUGCCUUAAGAAUACAAUAUGUUACCACUUAGAAUAUUGUUUCAAAUUUCAUUAUCGUUGACUUUAAUUGGUGCCAUUCCAGCUGAGCAACGGGUAUUGACAAUUUCGCAACAUCAGAACCAAAAUGACUACAGUCAUCAAUCUUCGUUUAUCGAUAGCUUAUACGGAGAGAUAACCGGUCCUACGAUUAAAACAUUCGAGGAGGUUAUUUCUGUUGAGAAUGACAAUGAAUGGGAUAAACAGUUCCAUGCACAACAUACUAGUUAUUUACAGCUUCAAUCAUCAUUGAACUUACCUAGCAACGAUUUUGUCGAUGAUAUUCUUAUGGACCAGAAUAUCUUUGGCGGAAUCUUGACAUUUGGACACUUAGAACACUUCAAUUGUUUCAAUCAGGAAAAUAUUGACAAGACAAUUGAUAUUGCUAUAGUCGGAGCCCCUUUUGAUACUGGUGUAUCCUAUAGACCCGGAGCAAGAUUUGGUCCUGAAGCUAUAAGAAGCAAUGCUCGUAGGCUUAUGCCAGGAAUCCAAACCAAGAGAAAUAAGAAUAAAAGGUAUCCUAUUGAUCCUUAUAACCCCAGCACUCAUAAUUAUUCUAUUGUCGAUUGUGGUGAUGUAUCAUUAACACCAUUUGAUAAUCGAUUAGCUUUAAACCAAUUAUAUCGUGGUCAAAGAGCUAUUCAUAAACACAGUGGGAAACAAAACAAGAUUCCAAAAAUCAUUACUUUAGGUGGUGACCAUACUAUUACCUUAAUGCCAUUAAAAUCAAUUUCAGAACAAUAUGGAAAACCUAUCCAAGUCUUUCACUUUGAUUCUCAUAUUGAUACAUGGGAUCCUAAAAUAUUAGGAGGUGGGAUCACGAAUUAUAUGUCAUUAAAUCAUGGUACAUUCCUUCAUUAUGCACAUGAGAAGGGAUAUAUAUUAGAGUCUGGCAAUUAUCAUGUUGGAUUAAGGUCUCCAUUAAUUGAUGCUGUAUAUGAUGAAGAUCAUGAUUCAGAGUGUGGAUUUAAUGCUAUUUCUGCUGAUGAUAUAGAUAAAAUAGGUGUCCAUGGUAUAAUUAGUAAAUUGAAGUCUGCAAUUAAACAUAAGGAUGAUCCUGUUUAUAUAUCAGUUGAUAUAGAUGUUUUAGACCCAGCAUAUGCUCCGGCUACAGGAACUAUGGAAGUUGGAGGAUUUACUACAAGAGAAUUAUUAGCCAUCUUAAAUGGGUUAAAAGGUAUAAAUCUAGUUGGUGCAGAUAUUGUCGAAGUGAGUCCACCUUAUGAUACUAAUUCAGAAAUCACAAGUUUGGCUGCUACGGCUGUUGUUGAUACGUUUUUAAAGCUUAUGACUUAAUUCGGAUGUAAGAUUGAGCCUCAAAAUCAAGUCGCUCAAAAUAAAUAGGGCUAGUACAUUGUAGUUAAUAAAAUAAACUUUCUUACGUAGAACCAUUGGCACGCGUCUGUCAACCCAACAUUUCGAUCCUGACACUAUAAACAAGGGAUGGAAGGAUUUGGGAUUUGGUAACUGUGAACAUGACAACAAAUUGUGUCCUGGGUAGUAGAUAACAAUAUGCCACCAGACCAAAUCUCUUUAACGCGACUUCAGCAUUAUGCAGCAAAACACAACAACUCCGCAAGCAAUUAAGAAGCAACUUAAUGUGACAGGGCUUAAAAUACAGUCCGGUCCCUUACUUAUUGUCUCAUUUUAUUGUAUUUUGCAAUAUGAUGUCACACCUCUAUUAACCGUAAGUCGCAAAUCGCAACCAUGAGAGUAUUACA